AUGCGCACGUGGUUUCUUGCAGUUGCAACGUCCGCUAGCUAUGGCGCUGUCGCACGCUCAAUUCCUUUGGAUCUGGACGCCCACUUUAAUAACCAGGGCUUUGGCACCUAUCCUGGAGAGUCCGCGUUCAAUGCGCUGAACGAGUCGUACCCGGCCUUCACAUCGUAUCAGCACGGCAACGAGACGUUCGUCUCGGGCUCCGGCAUUCAGUACGUUGCGCCUGGUUACCGCGGAGCUUCGACACCGGACAACAUCAUCUGCGCUGGCCAAAGGAUUGCUCUGGAGAAGCCCAGGAGGGCAUUUGCAUUUUCAAUACUGCAUUCGAGCGAUGUGAGGAAGAAGACGAUCUUGGGGAACAUUACGUUUACAUAUAGUGACAAUUCGACGUCUACGGCAGAGCUGCGCAGCGAGCCGUGGUGGGCCUUCCUCGCCAUCAACAGGGGCGACAUAGUAUAUGACAAGUUCUACACUCACAAUACGACGAAUUUCAACAGCAGUCAUAUCUUCGAGCUCGAGGCUGCCUUGGCGCCGGGCAAGGAGUUGGCGGCGAUUACGCUGCCGAAUACCACGAAUGCAACAACCGGAAGGAUCCAUGUGUUUGCUGCAUCGCUCUGGGAGAGCGACGGGCCGAGCGUGGGCGUGCAAAGCGUAAAGCCGACGCAGAAGUGGAUUGGAGAUGGGGACGCGAGGAGUCAGGUCGUCGAGGUGAUUGUGAAUAAUGGUGGAAUGGAAUGCGUGCAUGGAGAGGGACUGACAGUGUCUAUCAAAGGGAACGACGUCAAAACGAUAGAGCCCGGACGCAUCAGGAGGCUCUGUCCCGGGGACCAGAAAAGCGUACAGGUUUCUGUGACCGGCUCCGGAGCCUGUGCCGUCGACGUAUCCCUCCUCUACCAGAAUACCACCACAACCCACACAUUCUCCGACCUCACCUUCGGUCUCACAAACUGGACCGACGCCAAUCUCGCGGCCCACGAGUCCCCGCAGUGGUUCGAUGACGCAAAGUUCGGCAUCUUCAUCCACUGGGGCCCCUACGCCGUCCCCGCCUGGGGCAACUCUACGCCCUACGAGUCGUACGCUGAGUGGUUUUGGUGGUACACCACACACCCGUUGGGCGACAAGAGCGGCUUUAGGGACUACCGCCUGCGCACGUACGGCCCGGAUCUCAACUACGACGACUUCUUCGCCAACUUCACUGCCGCGCAGUACGACCCCAAGGACUGGGUCGACAUGAUUGCCGACGCAGGAGCUAAAUACUUCGUCAUCACAACCAAGCACCACGAUGGCUUUGCCAUGUUCGACGCAGGCAACACCACAAACCGCACGAGCUUGCACUACGGUCCGCGGCGGGACGUCGUCCGCGAGCUCUUCGACGCCGCGAAAACGUACCAGCCAUCGCUCAAGCGCGGGACCUACUUCAGUCUGCCAGAGUGGUUCAACCCCGCCUGGGGCCCGUACGGCUUUGCGCAGUACGGGCCCGAGAACCCCGGCGGGACCACGCACCCGGGCAUCAUCGCACGCAACCCCUUCACCAACGCCACCGAGCCGUACACGGGCUUCAUCCCCGUGGACGACUUCGUACAGGAUGUGAUGACGCCCCAGAUGGAGAUGCUGGCCUACGCCUACGACACCGAGAUGCUGUGGUGCGACGCGGGCGCCGCCAACGGGACCGCGGCCUUUGCGCGCCAGUGGUGGAACUGGGCGCGCGAGGCGCAGGGCCGCGAUGUGGCGAUCAACUCGCGCUGCGGCACGGCCCUCGUGAACGACUUCGACACGCCCGAGUACGCGACGUUCAGCACCGCGCAGCGCAGGAAGUGGGAGAGCAACAUGGGCAUGGAUCCGUUCAGCUACGGGUACAACCGCGCGACGCCAGACGACGAGUACAUGAAUGCCACGACGCUGGUCACCACGCUCGUCGACAUGGUCAGCAAGAACGGCAACCUGCUGCUGAACAUUGGACCGCGUGCCGACGGGACGAUCCCGCAGCCUGAAAUCGAUGCCCUGCGCGAGGCGGGUGUCUGGAUUGCCGCGCACGAGGAAGCCGUGUUCAACACGACGUACUGGUUCCAGAAGGCCGAGGUCAGGGAUGAGAAGGUCAAUGUGAGGUUCACGCAGACGGACGACGCGCUGUAUGUUACGAGUCUGGAGGAGCCCGUGGGCGGGGUGCUCGAGGUACGGGCUCCGGUUCCCAUACUGGAGGGGGAUCAGGUCAGUUUGCUUGGGGUGGAGGACGGGGAAGCGCUCGAGUGGAGCUUUGAUGGCGACGUCUUCAGGGUCGUGCUCGGCGAUGCUCUGGUCCGGCGCGGGAAACAUGCUUGGGUCGUCAAGGUCGAGUACGUGGUUUGA